AUGGUGAGGGCACCUGAAACAGUGGAUGCACGAAUCACCACUCUAGCUGUUGAACUUGAUCUAAGGUCGAGGAUUAUUGAAGCACAACGGAUGGAUGCGAAAUUGGAGGAAAUUCGUAUAGAAGUGCGAUCUGGCGAAUCUAGGAAUUUUAGUGAAGAAGGUGACAAUGCCCUUACUUUCGAAGGAAGAUUAUGCAUGCUGGAUAACGAGGGGCUCAACAACAAGAGGGAUAUAGCAUCGUUCGUCGAGAGAUGUUUAGUCUGCCAGCAAGUGAAGUUUCUACAUCAACGACCGUAUGGGAAGUUACGACCACUAGAAAUUCCUGAGUGGAAAUGGGAGCACAUAGCCAUGGAUUCCGUGACAGGGUUGCCAAGGACUCUGAGAGGGAACACCGCCAUUUGGGUAAUUAUAGAUCGACUUACCAAGAGUGCGCAUUUCAUACCGAUUCUCAUAAGCUAUGGGUCCAACAAACUAGCUUAA